AAAAUAAAACCACAAAUGAAUUCUCUAUCUCCUCAAACUUAAACUCGCAACUGCUCUUCAUCUCCUUCCUCUUCUUCCUCCUCCUCCCGCCACCGGUGUUCUGAUUGCCUCCGCCUCCUCUAAAACCCUAACUACUCUCCUUCGUCAAAACCACCCUCUUUUAGUUGUAUCACCACCUCUAGUAAGCGGCGCCUAUACCAUUGUGGAUUUUCAAUUUGGGAAACUUCCGACCACCUUUUCUUAUCUGCCGCUGCUAUACUCGGCGUUGACGACAGUGGUAAAUGGAGAAUUCAGUUGCAAACCAGCUUCCGGAAGUGGAUUCUUUGCCUGAUGGUUUUGUUGAGAGCUCUCCAGAAAUCGUAGCACCUGUGACGCCUUUGAAUGAAAAGGAGCAACCAUUACGUGACUACAAAGAGAAUAAUUCAGUGGAACCGGAUAGCUCUAAUGAUUCAAGCUAUGAAGCAUCACUGAAUGAGUUUGUUUCGGUUGAAGGAAAAGGGGAGAAGGUGCCCAAAAUUCGCACAUUUCCAGUUCCAUUGUCUGAGAAAGAUGGUUAUGACGCUUCUGGAGAAUCUGCCAAUGUCUCUGAUGACGGUUGCUUGGAGCAGAGAGAAGAUUCUUUCGCAAUCAGACCUGAAUCAUCUACGUCCGCUUCAGGAGGAUCAGAUUUAAGAACGAGGAGCAUUAGUGAGAAAGAAAAAGGUCAAUCUGAAGUCCAAAGCUCUGGUAAAUCCUAUCUAGGGGGAUCAAAUGUACCAAUCAGUUCAAUAGAAGCACAAUCGUCUGAAAAUCUGAAAAACCGAAAGGAAGCACUUGAAGGGAAGCGUAAAAGUUCGAGGCGCACCUUCAAAACUGAGCAGGAAUUCCUAGAGUUCACUUUAAAGUAUAAACAAGUUCUUACAGAGAGAGAUGCAGCUAUUUCUGUUCGAGACAAGCUUGAGUCCUUGUGUAGGGAGUUACAGCGCCAGAAUAAGAUGUUAAUGGAUGAAUUCAAAAGAGCUUCGGAGGAGGGGCAGAAUUUGAGAUCAGAUUUAUCCACCAAGUUCGAAGAUGCUAUAAAGGAUGUGAGCGUUAGGCUAGAAGAGCAAAAGGGAGAAUGUCUUUCUCAGCUGAAGGAGAAUGAAAUGCUGCGAGACAAAUUGAAGCAGCUUGCUGAUCAUUACACUCUUUGUCAACAACAAUAUGCACAGGAGCUUAAGCAGAAGUCACUAGAGCUUAAGAUUGCUGAACUGAAAAUUGAGCAAAAUGAAGAAAAGGUGGCACAUGAACAAGCACAAAUAAAGGUAUAUGCAGAGAAAAUAUCACAGCUUUUAGAAACUGAAAAAAGUCUACGUCAACAAUUAACAGCUGAUGGCGAAAAGUUUCAGCAGUUUCAAGAUGCACUGCUGAAAAGCAAUGAGGUUUUUGAAACAUUUAAGCAAGAGAUUGAAAAGAUGUCCAAAUUGACAAAAGACCUAAAAAAGGAAAAUACUUUCUUGAAGAGCAAAUGUGAGAAAUCAGACUAUACUCUUAUAGAACUCGUCGAAGAGCGGGAACGUAUGAAGAAACAAUUGGAGAAGACAAAGAACCAAAAGGAGAAGCUUGAAUCUUUAUGUAGGUCACUACAAGCAGAAAGAAAACAGGGUUCUACUAAUGGCUCUAAUCAAGCUGAGCCUGUUCCAAUCCAAGAAUGAACAUUACAUUAACUCCAGAAUCUCGAGACUUGUACUUUUGUCCCAUGGAUAUCCGAUUCACAAGCUUUUUGUUGUAAAUGUUUUUCUUUUGAGAUGAAUUUCCAUUUUAUUUAACUUUGUUUGAAUCAUGGCACCUAUCUCUUUUGUUUUAUUGAAAAUGUGAAUUUAAAUUACAGGAUCUAUAUGACUCUAUUCCCCA